UUUCAGCGUUCCAUGGGUUGGGUUUGGACCAAUCCAUAGCCGAAGAAGAGAAAAAAGAGACAAGGACCGUCUUGAGUUAAUUUGAUUCAGUGUAGCAGCCAGCAGCCAUAAGCAACGCAACAAUUCCAUUUCCAGUUUCUGAUUCGUCACGUCAGACAAAGGAAGGGGUUAGGGUGUGACCUGAGAUCAAAAUGUUGCGGAGGCUUCUCUCUUCUCACCUCAAAACCCUAGCCUCCUCCGCCGCCGCCGCCACCGCCACUCCCCGAUCUGCUUCCGCCUCCGCCAGAUUCGCCGCUCUCUCUCGCUCCUGCCUCUACUUCUCAACCCAAUCCGAGGAUGCUACUGCGAUCAAAAAGAAGGUUGAGGACAUAAUGCCAAUCGCUACUGGCCACGAGCGCGAGGAGCUUCAGGCUGAGCUCGAGGGAAGGAAUAUUCUUGAAAUAGACCAUCCCGAAGGUCCAUUCGGCACAAAGGAAGCACCUGCUGUUGUCAAAUCUUACUAUGAUAAAAGGAUAGUCGGAUGCCCAGGAGGUGAAGGUGAGGAUGAGCAUGAUGUUGUCUGGUUUUGGCUGGAGAAAGACAAGCCCCAUGAAUGUCCAGUGUGCGCACAGUAUUUUGUUCUUGAAGUGGUAGGACCUGGUGGACCACCCGAUGGACAUGGCGAUGAUGAUCACCAUUGAUUGCAUCCUUCAAUUAAAUCUGGAAUAAAUUCUGGAAAGAUGGAGAGACAUUGUUUAGCAUACACUCUGGCCUUUCAAAAUCCUGUGGCCUAAGUUUGAUUUUGAUUUGUCUAUACCUUAUUGUGUCACAACUUUUGAGAUAGAAAGUUUAUGCGAUUAUUUGAACGCAGGAUGCUCAUUUGCUUGAGCUACCAAUUCUGUUAGACUAUGUUUUGUGCGUUGUGAAAUAAUUAAUAGAACUUGACGAUUCUUUAACUGGUUUUGAAUUUCUGAAA